UUGCUGACAAGGCUGCCUACCUGAUGGGUCUGAACUCAGCUGACCUACUUAAGGCCCUCUGCUACCCCCGAGUCAAAGUUGGGAAUGAAUAUGUGACCAAAGGUCAAACCGUGCAGCAGGUAUACAAUUCAGUAGGUGCCUUAGCAAAGGCUGUUUUUGAGAAGAUGUUCUUGUGGAUGGUUAUUCGCAUCAACCAACAGCUGGAUACCAAACAACCCAGACAGUACUUCAUUGGUGUCCUGGACAUUGCUGGUUUUGAGAUCUUUGAUUUCAACAGCCUGGAGCAGCUGUGCAUCAACUUCACCAAUGAGAAACUGCAACAGUUCUUCAACCACCACAUGUUUGUGCUGGAGCAGGAGGAGUACAAGAAGGAGGGAAUUGAAUGGGAGUUUAUUGACUUUGGGAUGGACCUGGCUGCCUGCAUUGAGCUCAUUGAGAAGCCCAUGGGCAUCUUCUCCAUCCUGGAAGAGGAGUGCAUGUUUCCCAAGGCAACAGACACCUCUUUCAAGAACAAGCUCUAUGCCCAGCAUCUGGGCAAGUCCAACAACUUCCAGAAGCCCAAGCCUGCCAAAGGCAAGGCUGAGGCCCACUUCUCCCUGGUGCACUAUGCUGGUACAGUGGAUUACAAUAUUUCUGGCUGGCUUGACAAGAACAAGGAUCCCUUGAAUGAAACUGUUGUCGGGUUGUACCAGAAAUCAUCAAUGAAGACACUGGCCUUACUCUUUGCCUCUGCUGGAGGAGAGGCAGAGGCUGGUGGUGGUGGCAAGAAGGGAGGCAAGAAGAAGGGUUCUUCUUUCCAGACUGUAUCAGCUCUUUUCAGGGAGAACCUAAACAAGCUGAUGACCAAUCUACGAAGCACUCACCCCCAUUUUGUGCGCUGUAUCAUCCCCAAUGAAACAAAAACACCUGGUGCCAUGGAGCAUGAACUGGUACUACACCAGCUGCGCUGUAACGGAGUGCUGGAAGGGAUCAGAAUUUGCAGGAAGGGAUUCCCUAGCAGAAUCCUCUACGCAGACUUCAAACAGAGAUACAAGGUGCUCAAUGCCAGUGCUAUCCCAGAGGGACAGUUCAUUGAUAGCAAGAAGGCUUCCGAGAAGCUUCUUGGGUCAAUCGAUGUGGACCACACCCAGUACAAAUUUGGCCACACCAAGGUAUUCUUCAAAGCUGGGCUGCUGGGACUGCUGGAGGAGAUGAGGGAUGAGAAGCUGGCACAGCUCAUCACUCGCACGCAGGCCAGGUGCAGGGGCUUCUUGAUGAGAGUGGAGUACCGGAGAAUGGUGGAGAGGAGGGAGUCCAUCUUCUGCAUCCAGUACAACGUUCGGUCCUUCAUGAAUGUGAAACACUGGCCCUGGAUGAAGCUGUUUUUCAAGAUCAAGCCCUUGCUGAAGAGUGCAGAAUCUGAGAAGGAGAUGGCCAACAUGAAAGGGGAGUUUGAGAAAACCAAGGAAGAGCUUGCAAAGUCUGAGGCAAAAAGGAAGGAGUUGGAGGAGAAAAUGGUUUCUUUGCUGCAGGAGAAAAAUGAUUUGCAACUCCAAGUGCAGGCU